UCAAGAUUAAGAUACACACAACAAUCUGAAUCUGUAUACAAAGUGCGUCAGAAUUUUCCACAAGUUCUGCUCAUUAAAAAACCAUUAAAAACUAAUAAAUGUUUUUGCCCAACUAAAUGCCAUCGUCCAGAAGAUAGCUCUAGUAGACAUUACCAAUUACUGUGAUCCUUCCAGAGCAUCAUGUUUUCGAGUAUGAGGAAAACUUCGGAAGCUGUUGCGGCUCUAGCUUCACUGGCACUGGGACUGGUUCUGAUAAUAUUCGUUUCUACGACGCCGACUGUGAUUGACGCCACCCAGUCAGGGAUCUAUAUAGACAAUGGCAAAGAUCAGACGAUCAUGCACCGCGUGCUGAGCGACGAUGACAAGCUGGAUGUUUCGUACGAGAUACUUGAGUUCCUGGGCAUAGCCGAGCGCCCCUCCCACCACAGCAGCCAUCAGUUGUCCUUGAGAAAGUCUGCACCAAAAUUUUUGCUGGACGUUUACCACCGCAUCACGGAGGAGGAAGGACUGGGAGGUGGCAAUGGCAAUACCGACGAUGAAACUGAGCACAGCCAUCGCUCAAAACGCAACGCCGAAACUAUGUCCGAUGAAAGAAUUGGAGAUGGAGAAGAAAACUUCAUCACGGACCUGGACAAGCGCGCCAUAGACGAGAGCGACAUUAUAAUGACUUUUUUGAACAAACGCAAUCACAACGUGGAGGAGCUACGCCACGAACAUGGCCGCCGCCUGUGGUUCGACGUCUCCAAGGUGCCAGACGACAACUAUCUGGUAAUGGCUGAGCUGCGUAUAUACCAGAACUCAAACGAAGGCAAAUGGCUCACAGCAAACAAGCAAUUCACGAUCACCGUGUACUCUAUGGGAUUGGGCGAAUCGGGUGAGAAUACGAUGGAAGCGUUGUCCUCGGUGAAUACCACUGGCGACUAUGUCGGCUGGCUGGAACUAAACGUUACCGAGGGCCUGCACGAGUGGCUGAUACAUUCCAAGGAGAACCACGGCAUUUACAUUGGUGCCCACGCUGUCAAUCGGCCCGAUCGAGAAGUCAAACUGGACGACAUUGGACUGAUUCACCGCAGAGUGGACGACGAAUACCAGCCAUUUAUGAUUGGGUUCUUCAGGGGGCCCGAGCUGAUCAAGACAACCUCGCACAGUAGUCACCACAGAAGUAAGCGGAGCACGCUGCAUCAGCGCAAGAAGAAGAAGUCGGUGCCAGUGCAUCCCUUUUUGGAAGUACCCAUCGAGAAUACACGCAGCUGUCAGAUGCAAACCCUCUACAUCGACUUUAAGGAUUUGGGCUGGCACGAUUGGAUAAUCGCCCCAGAGGGCUAUGGCGCAUUUUAUUGCAGCGGUGAGUGCAAUUUCCCUCUCAACGCACACAUGAAUGCCACCAAUCAUGCCAUUGUGCAGACUUUGGUGCAUCUGCUCGAGCCCAAGAAGGUGCCGAAGCCAUGCUGUGCGCCGACGAGACUGGGCGCCUUGCCUGUGCUGUAUCAUCUCAAUGACGAGAAUGUCAACCUGAAGAAGUAUAGAAAUAUGAUUGUGAAAUCCUGCGGGUGCCAUUGAAUCCAAUUUAUAAUCUAAUCUAAGCAUUUUAAAGCAUUUCUGUGUAGAUGUCCGUCUCUGUACUAAUCUCGAAUAUUUUUAUAGAAAUAUUAAACGCAGUGCCUAACUAACA